CUAAUCAGCUGGAGCGCACGGUGUUUAUAUCAGCAAGACACAGAUUCAUAUAGCUGGAAAUUGGAUGCUGGCCUCGUUUUAUUUUUAUUUUAUCUUAUUUGUUUUAAGUAUUGUGUUAUCUGGCUAUUUUUUGUUAAGCCAACUUUGUCUUGCAUUUCCCUGAGCAGCGGGGGUAUUGCAAAUAAAAACUUUUUAUUUUUUACUACACCAAGAAAGCCUGUCUCUUUUUGUCUGAACUGAGUAGUGCGGAUUACUGGCAGCUGUGGAUAACCUGACCUGAACAGCACAUCUCAGGAGAUUGGAAGGAGAGAUAAAGGACACCCAGACUCAGAGUAAUAAAUAUACUACGCCUGCAGGGGUUGUGAUAUCUGAUCUUAAUCAGCACAAUAUGACCCAUGAGAAAUCCUUCAGCAAAGCUCAGUAAUCAUCAGAGAAAUAACACAGGAGAGAAGACUUUUUUAAUACUCGGAAUUUAACAAGUGCUUUUCAGAGAAGACAUUUAUUUGCCACAAGAAGAUCCAGAAAGGGAAAACAUGUUUAAUUGUUUGGAAUGUGAUAAGAAUUUCUCAAAAAAGGCAAAAUGUAUUAUACACAUGAGGAGUCACACCGGAGAGAAGCCAUUUGGAUGCUCAGAAUGUGAUAAGUGUUUUUCAUCAAAGGGAGGUCUUACUAAACACCAGAGAAUUCACACAGGAGAGAAACCUUACAGAUGUUCAGAAUGUACUGAGAGCUUCUCACAACCGGGAUCUCUUUCUUACCACCGGAAGAAGAUUCACCAAGGAGAAAAUACAUUUAAGUGCACAGAAUGUGACAAGUGUUUCUAUAGGAAGUUAAGUCUUAUUACUCAUCAAAGGAUUCACACAGGGGAGAAGCCAUUCAGAUGUUCAGAAUGUGACAAAUGUUUCUCUGAAAAAUCUAAACUUAAGCAACACCAAAGGAUUCACACUGGAGAAAAGCCAUUUAUGUGUUCAGAAUGUGACCAAUGCUUUAAACAAAGUACUCAUCUUGUGCAUCACAAGAGGAUUCACACUGGAGAGAAGCCAUAUAGAUGUUCAGAAUGUGACAAAUGCUUUGUGCAAAAAAAUUGUCUUACUCUACACCAAUGGAUUCACACAGGAGAGAAGCCAUAUAGAUGUUCAGAAUGUGACAAAUGCUUUGUGAAAAAAUGUCAUUUAAUGCAACACCAAAAAGUUCACACUGGAGAGAAGUCAUUUAGAUGUCCAGAAUGUGACAAAUGCUUUGUGAAAAAAUGGCAUUUAACGCGACACCAAAAAGAUCACACAGGAGAAAUAACAUUUAAAUGUUUGGAGUGUGACAAGUGUUUUAAUAAAAAGUCACGUCUUACUCGACACCAGAGGAUUCACAAAGGAAAAGAAGCCAAUUCAAUUAGUUAAAUAUGACUGUUAUAAAUAUUUCAUAUGUUGUAUAUAUCUGUUUAAAGCUGAUCUCCAGCUUUUAUUGAAUUACAAUAUUUAAUUUGGAGCCAGCUGGGCCAAACAAACUAUUCAUUUUUCUAAGAUGUGCAUUUGCACUUCUUAACCACUCACAGACAGCUUUGUAUUUUCUGAAUAAAUGCAAAGCUUCCUCUGACUGGC